AUGUUUAUCACAGUGAUGUUUGGAGCUGGCUGCUGGGAGCUGGUGAACACGUGGUGCAGCUUGGUGACUCUCACUGCCCACCUAAGGCAGAGGGGGCGGGUGCCUCCAGAUGCAACCAUCGCUCUCCUGGCUGAGGAUGGGCACCUGGUGAGCCUGGGCAAAGACCUGGAGAAGGGGGCUUCUCAGGGUCCCUCCACAGGCAGCCCCCUGAUGCAGGAGCGUGGGACCUAUGUCCUCGUGCAGGUCAUCAAUGGGGAGGGAGGGGCCCCCACUCGCUAUGAGUCCCUACUGGAAAACCUGGAUGACCGGUGUCCAGAGCUGGCAGAGGAGCUGCGUUGGCUGUCAGGUCUACCCUCAAUGGGCAGCCGGAGGAGACGUACUGGCACUCGGCGUAGCCACCAGCAGCAAGGCCCUCCUUUAAGGCCCCAAAGGCUGGGCUCCCUACUGUCCAGGACCCGCUAG